CAAAUCCAACAGUUCUCAUGGAAACACGGCCUCCGCCCUCCCUGGACAAGUUUGCAGCGCCGAUGCAGUGGCACCCUCCUGGCCAGGCGAACCCCACGUGUACCCGCCGUAUCCCGGGCUGGAACAACCUCGAGGUCCUCCAUCGGAACACCUUGCCGCCGUGAGCCCACUUCUUUUUGUACCAGAACCCCGACGAUGCCCCCUCAUGCGAAUUUCUCGCCCCGACAGUCAUCUCCUCGCCGGACAAUGGGUGCUCCAUCUUUCAAGUCGUCACUGAUUGGUCCCACCGACUUCUACCAGCACAAAACCAAUGACCUGGCAUCGAGCCUGGCCUGCCGUUGGCAGGCAAUCGGAAUGCCCUGCAUGUGGCAGCUUCAAGGCCACAACGAGGGCCCCUGAUACAUCAAUCUCAACUUCCCUUCCCACCCCGCAUCCAUAUCGACGACAACCAAUGCUGCCGCUACGUGAUGUCUUUCCAUCUGCUUUCCCUAAGAUGUUGGCCACCAAGAAUAGUUCGCUUUUGACGGCGCCGAUUCGGCAUUCACUCCAUGGAUCAUCUCCUGAGGUUGUGUACUCCCAGACUUCAUCACUCUCGACUAUGUGGAGUGCUGCUGAUGGUGUCCAACACAGUUCGCACGGGGCUACGCACUCUGGUGGCGCGAUGAUCCCCAAGUGUCAGUGUCUUCCAUCCCUACCGUAUCCUCACACAGCUCAGGCAUCAUACCUCAUUCCGAGCCUCACUUGCAUAUCCCCCUGCCUUCAUCGCGGCAGACUCGCAUCUGGAUCUCCAGUUCGUCUUUCUGCCGGGCGGCCAUCCAGGGUCCUCGGGUGUACACUGUUGCAACGGGCCAGAUCCAGUCGAGGAAGCCGCCAACCCUACAACUUUUCUGAGGGGCAUUGCUAGGCCAUACACGGCAACACACGGGUGCACACAAUUGACGCGGCCAUGAACAUCGCCAGCCGCACAGAUCAUGCUGGAAGUCCGACCUUAAACUUGGCGCUCUUAUGAG